AUUAUAAAUAAAAUAAUGAUCCUGUCAGGGAGUAGGAGAAGAAGCUAGUUGUUUUCAUGGUUGAGUAACGUGAACACUUCAAUUUUAUAUUUCCCAACUGUCGGGUCCUGCAAACCAAACAUAACAUUGCCGUAGUCUGUCUACACACAAAUUACUAGAAAAUAGCUAUCACACACCUUGUUUUUGCCUCUCUUCUCAGAUCUUGAGGAAUUUAGAUCUGAGUUUAAGCCAACACAACACACACACACGAACACUUGUGUUUGAGUGUAUUCACUAUCCACCAAAAACAUGGCUGAAUCUCCCAAACACACUUGUGUUUGAGUUUAUUCAGUGUAUCGACGCCAAAAUGUUGAGUGAGGGUGGCAACAAUCACUCGUCCAAAAUGUCCUUCAGAAUAACAAAGGAUGAUAAGUUCUUGUCAAGGCUAAUGACCAAGGAAGCCACCACCCCAAACUCCUCUUCAAGGAUCUUCUAUUACAGAGAAACUUCAGUCGCUGUUCCUUUCACCUGGGAGGCACAACCUGGUACUCCCAAACACCCAUUGUCUGACAUAUCUUUACCACCUCUUACACCCCCACCUUCCUAUUUUUCAAACUUACACAGUCUCAAGGGAAGAAACUCCAAGCCCAACAACAUGUUCUCAACCAUUCUGCCAAGGCUUUUAGGGCAAAGAAAGUCUCAUCAUGAGUCGCCACCAACAUCUUCUAGGUCACCUUCCUCUUCUUCAUCUUCAUCUUCCUCAUCGCCCUCGUUCUCACACCCUUUGAAACACAAAUCUUCCAAUGGAUUUAGAUGGUGCUAUCCUUUUGGGAACGUAAAUGUAAGCCAUGGUGCGGACUAGUUUGUUUAAUCGAUUGUUGGAAAUUUGUUGUUCAGCGUUGUUUUAAUAUUGUAGAAAUUCUCGAACUUUAUAUAGUUGUUAAUCACUACUUUCUCUUUUC